AAUUUUUAUUCUUCCAAAAUGAAUAAUUAUCGUGGAGUUCGACCAUCUACUGCCAAAAUGAAUACGCUUCCUCCAGAAACUGAAAAUCUUGAAGAAUAUAUGUACGAUAAUAUGAAUUAUUGGUAGGAAAAUACUUUAUGAUCAUUAAAAAGCUUGUGAGAAAUAAGGAAAAUAUUUGGAAGCUGAUUGCGCAAAAUAAAGAUUGAAAGAUCUCAAAAUUAAAUAUGAAUCAAAAACUAAAUUAGAUAUCAAAGACAGGCAUGAAUAAGAAGUUAACAUAUAUUUUCUAUUAUAGAAAUAUGAACUUACAAAAUCACACUAAGAAGAAAUGUAAAAUUUCAAUAUCUUUUGGGAUUAAAAAAUAGAAGAGUUUGAAUAAGAUGCGUAGAAGUUAAAAAAUGAACUACAAUAAAGAUAAGAAGAUGAAAUGCAAUAAUUCCUAUAAGAUUUAGAAGGAUCUAUACCAUAAACUCCCAAAGAUUCUGCGGAAUUAUUAAGUCUUAAAAAAACUGAAGAAUAAUUGGCAAGAUAAGAAGAGUAUUAAAUUUAAUUUUUAUUUAGAUAUUUGGAAGCACAUAAAAUAUAAUCUAGAAUAGCAUAGCUUUAAAAAGAAGAACAAGAUAAAUGGACUUUUUUGAGGAACAAUAAAAUCAAAAAUCUUCUCAAUCAAUAAAAGAUCAAAUAGUCUAAUGAAACUAAUGUUUUAAAUUAAAGAAUUGAAAAUGCUUAAGAAGAAUAAAGAAAAAUUAAAAAAACAGAAGAAGAAAAGUAUUAUUUUAGUACAUAAUAGAUUAAUUUAAAAAUACACCAUUUUAAAAAAAGAGUUAGAAGGAAAAUAAGUAUAAGAAUUAUAAAGAAUUGAAAAAGAUUUUAAAAAUACAAGCUCCAAUUUUAUUACAUCUAGAAUGUCCAAAAUGGCUUCUUAAAAUGGUUCCUAAAUGCAAAGUGAAGAUUGUAAUCAAAAAAUUAUAUAUUCUAGAAUAAUUCAAAGGAAAAAAUUGA